ACUAUAUAGUUGAUAAGUUAUGAAUUUUCUCACAUUGUCAUGUCAACGAUACAUCUCAGUUGAUGGAAAGUAUUUCAACCUGUUUGGUAGGUCUUCAUGUUAAAUUAAGAUGAUAAGCAAAAUUACUCUUGUCUUGUGAUAAAAAAAAAGAAACUUUUUGUAUUUUUUGAGUCAUUGGAAGAGUGUUAUAAUGCUCACAUGGAAGAGGAACUAAUAGUGAAGGACCACAUUGCAACAAUGGCAACAAUAAGAAAAAGCCAGAGCAAUGGCGGAUCCAGCACAACCAGGCUGCAGAUGUCGGCUGCUGCAGUUGCUAGCAAUGAAGACCUCUUGAGAGAGAUUCUUACACGUCUUCCUGUGAGACCUCUUGUCAGACUCAAGGUUGUGUGCAAACAAUGGUGCUUUCUCAUCUCUGAUCCUGAGUUUUCUAUCAGUCAUGCCCGCAGAAACCAUAGAUCCAAUGGUUUAUUGUUGAAAGGUCUCAAUCAAGCCCCAGGACUUUCACUCGUACCCCUUGAGGGGUAUCAACCUCCUAGGGUUUUACCAUUCAACUUCCUCAACAAGCGGGGUACAAAUGUUUUAGAUUCGUGCAAGGGCUUGUUGUGCUAUUAUUCUAUGGCAGAUCUUCACAACCCCAUGCUCAUUUCUUACUAUGUUUGUCAUCUUGCUUCUGGGGAUUCCACAAGAAUCGGUGUGUUUGAUGUGCUGUCAACAAUACAUGUAAGAGUUGUCAUUGUAUCUUUUGAUCCUUCGAAGUCAGUUCACUACAAAGUUAUCUUGAUUCAUCAAAUAUCUUCCUCAUCAUCUAACUUUCUACUGAAAAUUGAUAUUUACUCAUCGGUGACCCAAUCUUGGAAGCCUGCCAAAGUUGUCACAGUACCAUAUGAUGCAGGAUUUAACAAUGAAGCAGUUUACAUGAAUGGUGCUAUUUACUGGUAUGAUCGAACCCAAAAAGCAGUUUGGUACCUUGAUUUAGAUGCAGAAUGUCUAGACAGAGUGCCGGAGUUAAAGGAUUGGCUGAAAAUAAGUUCUGUCAAGUAUUUUGGAGAGUCAAGUGGCAACUUGCAUCUCAUUGCAACAUGCAGACUCCAAACUAUGCUACUUACUAUCUAUGAGAUGAAACAAGACAGGUCUGGUUGGUUUGUGAAAUAUCAUUGUGAUCUUCAUGUUCUGGCAGAUGCAUUCCCAAGGAUAUUACGCGCUCACUAUGAUAACCUUCAUGUGUAUCAUCCCUUGUGCCUACUCGAAGGAGAAACACAGGAGGAGGCAACUCUUGUGCUGGUUGUACCUGGGGAAGUGAUUUCUUACAAUCUCAAGACAAAUGCCUUUAAGACUCUGUGUCGUUCUAGAAUGAUUGGAGUAUUAUAUAAAUGGAACGGGGCUAAUGAAUGGGAGACCCUUGGGAUCAAAACUUAUCAAUACUUGGAGACCCUUGCUCGCAUUUGAACACUGUGUUUAAUAAGAUUGUAAUAAAAUAGAAAAGAGAGAACGAAAUCAGGAGUAGAAAUCUAAAAAAUAUGUUUUGCAUUGGUUACUGCUGAACUCACUUGGGUGCAAUAUCUUCUUAAAGACUUUAGUGUCUUUCUUUC